AUGAAUACCAUGCAUACCAUGAAUGCGAUGAGCUUCAGCGCGGACGCCACCCGCCGUCGGGUAGACGCCGUCUGGAAGCAGCCCGCCGACGCCGAACGCCAGCGCAUCGAAUACAUUCCGCUCGAGAGCGCCCGUCAGUUCUUCGCCGUUGACGCUUCUGGUUCGACUGCCGGCGCCAUCAUCGCCCGAGAGCAUGAGUUCGUCAAGAGACUGACCGAGGGCCACCCCAAUGAUCAAGCCGCUACCUGGGGCUCCAACUGCAACGACCCUACCAACGACUUCUCCCAAAUCUCCUGGUCCGCCGACCAGGGCGGCACCGAGCCUUCCCGCAUUCUGAAGAACCAGCGAGCCCUGGACACCAUCCUCGCUUCCGAUGUCUGGUACCUGCUUACCGACGGCGAGAUCUGGAACAAUGAUGUCCAGGUCUUGUGCAACCUGGCAAUCGAGACAGGCGUUCUCAAUGUCCCCACCAUUUUCGUCAUCACCGGCUCCAAGCGCCAGUCUCCCUCGGCUCUGAACGUCUCGGUCGGCAUCUCCUUCUUCGCUAAUGCCCAAGACGUCCUUGUCCUCUUCAAGGAAACAUCGUCGGGCCUGUUGUACAUCAUCGCUGCCAAGGGCUGUUUCGCCCCCCUGGACCCCAACCACACAGAUGGCGCUCCCGACCUUGAGAGCUGGGCUCCGCUGAAGGAGAUUUACGACGAGGCCAAGCUGGUUGACCUGCUCCGCGCAGCUAACAUCAAGGUUCCCGCUGCCCGGACCCGCCCCAGCCCUACUCCGGGAUCCGUAAGCCUGGGGGCAGAGUGGGAGAGGCACAAUCCCGGCCUACUCGUCAACCUGGAUCUCCUCCUCAGCGGAGGCGGCCAGCUCAGCUACGACAACCUCGAGCAGCUGCUUGCCGAAGAGGCCCUGGGAAAGCUUGCACUGGCCUUCAAGACUCGCGGCCGCCUCCAGGACCUCCGCACCUUUUUAAGCUGGCAGAAGACUGACCAGCAGAUGAACAUCACUCUCGUCGACAUUUCCGGCGCCCACAAACUAGUCGCCCAGCUCAGCCAGCCCGACCUAGAUGACAAGACGCGAAAUACCCUUCAGGUCGAGCUACGCGAGGCUCAUGAACGCAACCGCCGCCACUACCAGGCCCAGGUCUGGAAGUACAAGGAGUCCGGUGAUGCUCAGAAGGCGCACAACCGUCACAGGCUUCUGAGCCACGCCCUGGAGUACCUCGCCCAAAUGGAGAACUCGGGCUACACUGCCGACAUCCUCGCUCGCCGCAGCAACCGUGCUCGCCGAGCUCAAAUGGUCUCGGACAGCAGCGAGAUGUCGCUCCAGAGCCUCGACCUGGAGACUCCGGACGUUUUCCGCGCCACGUGUCACGUCUGCUGUGGCGAGAACGAGAUCAUGUCGAUUGCAGUGAAGGCCGGUGCCGACAGCGCCGCCAACACGGACAACUUCGCCCUCGACUUCCCUCUCGCCGCCGGCCGCUUCAAGUCCAACAAAGACCUCAUCUCCAGCCAGCUGAUCUGCUUCCAGUGCGCCCUUGCGUUCCAAGGGAAGUCGAUUUUCAACGAACAGCUAGCGGCGGUACUGCCGACGGUUGACUGCCAUGGCCCUAACAAGAAGUACAUCUCUGAGCAGCUGCACCGCGCUCUGACUGGCGGCCUCCGGGUAGGCGCGUCCGGUACCUCGCAGCUUUUCAUGACCAUCCUGGCCGGCACGCUCAGGAAGAAGGAAUGGGCCGGUGCCGGCCUCUCCGAGGAGUCGAUGGACGCCGAGACAUCGGUGCGGCGCGCCAUGUUCCGCUGGGCGCUGGACAACAUGCUCGAGCGGACCAGCUGCAGGGAGACUUUCAACGAGCAGGGCGAGUGGGUCACGUACCCCAAGGCACUCGCGUGGGCGGCCACAGAUUUCCGAGAGCAGCAGCUCGACAGCUGGGCCGUAGGCUACCCGGUGGCCGGCUUCAUGCAGCUGAUCCAGUUCGGCCGGCACGUCAAUGCCUUCGAUGCCCAAACAGCGCGUGACCUGCGUCUGGCGAAGGUGCUACACUCAGUCGCCUCUGCUUACCUGGCGCUGCUCUACAAGAACAUGCACAGCGGCAGCCAGCUGUGGAAGCAGCCCCUCCUCGCCCUCAUCUACGCCUCGUUCAACGCCGACCUCAUCCCCCUCGACCAGCGCGGCGCCGCGUCCCUCCUCUCCGACCCGGCCAUCUUCUGGCAGCGCCUGUCCGCCUUCCUCUCGGCCGACGCCGAGCUCCUCGCCAACUGGGACGCCGCCUCCAUGGACCGCGCCAUGGGCCGCGUGCAGCUGCUCCUCUUCUGGCUCGUCUACACGCAGCGCGACCACACGCGCGCCAAGACCUUCUUCCACAACCUCCGCGAGGACCAGCCGCUCGCCGCCGCCGCGCUGGACUGCCGCACCCGCGACCCCCUCUCCCCCUCCAUCACCCUCCCCACCCUCCUCUCCAUCUUCCGUGGCCCCGUCACGGCUGACCCCGCGACGCUCGAGCUGCGUGCAAGACAUACCGGCCUCGCGCCGUUCGCGACGCCCUUCGGCCCGAGUGUCCUGCGGUGCUGCUUCCCGGCGUGCCGCGAGCCGUUCUUGGACGCGACGCAGAUGGCCGAGGUGGAAAGGCUGGCGCGGGACGACAAGCCGUGGCCGGAACGCGUCUUGGACGCGCUAAGGCGUGGUCGCGCGGCGCACUUGGUUAAGGUUUUCGCGACCGAGGAGGCGUUCAGCAAGGAGAGUCAAACGGGCUUGCCCGCCGUGACGAGCACUCCCGAGCCGCCCCGCAGCACGCAUUGCAAUCUGCACGUCAGCGUUGCGCGGGUGUGGGCGGCAGUGGAGGAUCGCGAGAGGCGUAAGGCUAUCGCUGAGGCUGUUUCUGCGGGAGGGGCAGGGGAGGUGGUUGAUGCGUUCGUGGCGGAUGUGCGGAGGGAAAUUUGCGGGUCCAGGCGCGGCGAUGUGUUUCAGGAGGGGUUGGAUGGGUUUGUGAGGGAGAUUUUGCCGAGUUUUGUGGAGGCGGUGGGGUGUGCGGUUAGGUUGGAGCGCGGGGGUGGGGAUGGGGAUGGUGGUGAGGGUCAGGAGGAGGUUGGGGAGGUGGAUGUUGCGGCGUAUGAGCAUGAUUGGAGUAGGAACAAGUUGGAGGCUAAGGCGAGGUGGGAGUUAAAGAGGGAGAGGGCGGAGGCGGAGGAGUGGGAGUGUUUGUAG